CGCCGCCUCACGGUCUGUGCGGCGCGAGCCCGGGCCUUGGUCAGUGGGGAGAGCGUUAACUAGUUAGAGUGAGGCGGUAAUUAGUAAGCAGAGAGGGUUUGUCAGGAAUAGAAUUUGGUUUCAGAGCUCUAGCACCAUGCAGAGAGCUUCGCGGCUGACAAGGGAGCUCUCGCUCCUGGCUACAGAGCCACCUCCGGGCAUCACUUGCUGGCAGAACGGGAAGCUGGAUGACUUACGGGCACAAAUUUUAGGAGGUGUGGACACACCAUAUGAGAAAGGAAUAUUCAACCUGGAAAUCAUAGUUCCUGAAAGGUAUCCAUUUGAGCCGCCAAAGAUUCGCUUCCUGACCCCCAUCUACCAUCCUAACAUUGACUCUGCUGGAAGGAUUUGCCUGGAUGUUCUUAAGUUACCACCGAAGGGUGCAUGGAGGCCUUCCCUGAACAUCUCCACCCUGCUGACCUCCAUCCAGCUGCUGAUGGCAGAGCCCAACCCUGAUGAUCCUCUCAUGGCCAAUAUCUCCUCGGAGUAUAAGUACAACAAGCAGCUGUUCCUGCUCAAUGCCAGGGAGUGGACUGAGAAAUACGCAGGGCAGCUUAGGGCUUCCAAGCCUUUGGAAGAGAAAAUCAUCCAAAGUGGAACAAGCACCAGCAGUGAAUUGACCAUGCAGAAAAGAAAAGGGGUUGACAUCAGUAGGAAGGAGAAGAAAUCCCGCCCAGAUUCCUGAGGGGUUUUUGUUCUCUGUGGGCUGUCACUGUCCCCUUCCCCUCACACAUGUACAAGGCAAGAGUCUGCCGUUCAGGGGCUGUACCAGCUUUAUGUUUCUGUUUCCUUGGGGUGUUAUUUUUUUGUGAAAAGUUCCAUUAAUAAAAUAUAAAGCUUUUAAUUUA